AUGAGGAAAACGGCGCUCCCGCGGCAGCCGAGUGGAGGCUGCAGCGGCGGCUCCCCUCCGGCCGAGGGGCUGCGCCUGGUGGCGGCGGGACAAGGAGCUGCGGAGCACGGGCGCGCCGCCUCCACCUCCCCGUUGCCGCGGCCUCACUCACUCGCCCGGCGGCGGCAGCAGCAGGCUCCGGCGGGCUCCCCCCAUUGCCUGCCCGCGGCGCUGGUGGAGAGCGCCUGGGCUGGGCGGGGCCGUCCCCGCGCCUGCUGGGUCCGCCGCGACCCCCGCCUGCAGCGCCCCCCGCCCGCCGCCCCCGGUGCCGCACUGAGGAGGGACCUGACGGCGCUGGGGCGGCGCCGCGCGUCCUGUGCCUAACCCGCGCCGCCGGAGCCUCCGCGCCGCCGCCGGCGGGGCUGAACCUUUCCGGAAGUGCUGUGGUGCGGGGCCGGUGACUUGGUGGGGAAUGCUCGCGAGCUGGCUACUGAGUGGGGAGGGCGAGGAGGGAGCAGCGGUCAGGCGCACCCCAUCCUCCCGUCGGGGCUGUCCUCACCGACGCUGCCCGUAGGUCUCUUCCGCGGCCCCGACCGGUGCUGUCGUGAGCACGAUCAGUGCUCGGCGCAGAUCACGGCGCUACAGUUCAGCUACGGCAUCCACAACUACCGCCUGCAUACCAUAUCCCAUUGCGAAUGUGAUGCCGGAUUCCGGCAGUGCCUGCUGGACCUCAACGACACCAUCUCCAACAUCAUCGGAGUCACAUUUUUCAACCUGCUGGAGAUGCCGUGCUUUCUGUUGGAGUGCAAGGAGUGCAUCUAGUGGCACUGGUGGGGAGGGUGUGAGCGUUAUGGUGUAGUACUGGCCAGGGUGGUGCAGCAGUGUCAGAACUACAGCCUGCCCCCAGAGGCGACUGGCAGCCCUGCUGUUGGAGGAGCACUGCAAGGGUCUAGGGGCUCAGCACACCCUGCCUGCCCUCAGGAUGGCAGCAUCCAAUCCAGCCCAGCUGUGGAGUGGUGCAGAGUCCCCCUGAUAACUGUUGUGGCAGGGUGCAGACAGCAGCAGGGUGAAUGGGCACUGGGGGUAGAGCAUGAAUCACAGCUGGGGUGUCCCAAGGUCUCAGCGCAUGUUGGUUGUGUGCUGGGGGUGCCCCUCACUGCCCUGCUGUCCUCAGGCCUGGGCAGGGUGUGCAAGAGCUACAAGCACUUGGAUAAGUGUGAGCACUAGAUUGUACCCAGCGAAGUGAAGUACCAGCUGCACAACAUGGAAAUGAUGCUCUUCCACUGCAACUGCACUCACAGGUUGGCAUGGUUCCUGCACAGGAUGAGGGACCUCAGUGACAUGGAGCUGGCUUUCCUGGCAAACCACAUUACCACAGACUGCUUUGUUCUAGAGCCACCCACUGACUGCAGCCUCAAUAAAGGUUCACAAGUUAUUGCAGCAGCCCAGGCUGUGCUAGUACCUGUAUAUCAUCUCAAAAAGACCCUGAGACGCUAGGAUUCUUUGCAUGUGAACUCCAGGGCCAAGCAUCCAGACUGGAAGACACAGCACAGUGGUGUCACUCUCUAUGAGCAAUGCCUUUCGAUGACCUUGAAGCAGAAGCGUCGUGCUCAGUUUCACACCAUGCCCUGAUGAUGCCUGAGUACCGCUUCCUGUGGGGAGGAAAAUGUCCUGUGCUGCAGCCAUGAGGUGAAGCUACUCAAUUUCUGGUUCCUGAGACAGAGGAUGUCACAAGGUGCAACUGCUGGGGUGACUGCAUGGAGCUGGGGGUGCCACAGCUGGAG